AUGUCCUGGCUCCACUCCCUCCUACCCAAAAUCCUCCUCCCAACCUUUAAUUACCUGGCCACAUCAAGUCCUUGGCUCUGUCAAUCUAGCAUCAUCCAUUCCACCAACGCCGCGCCUUCUCCCUCCAAGUAUUCGCCAGGCUCUUGGAUUCCUUCACAAGUACCUCCGUUCCUUCUCGAGACACUACUGCCGCUGGUGCAGCAUCCCCUUUAA